GAGCUCGUCCCCGACCCGCGGCCGGCGGAGCAGUUAGAGGGAGGAAGGGAGCCGAUCGCUGGAGAGAUGUCCAGGAGAAAACAGAGCAACCCCCGGCAGAUCAAACGUUCUCUUGGUGACAUGGAGGAAGGAGAAGACAAUCAGGCCGAGGAUGCCAGCCAAUCAGAGAGAGAGGGAGGAGCUUCAGAUCCUGAGGCCUCAGGAGAGUGUGAACCCUUGAGCCCUCCCUGCAGCGAAACAGAGACUCAGGAAGGCCCAGAAGGCCCCAAGGAGCUGGAGGAGCAAGAGUCUGACCGAGGUCCAGAAGAGGCGAGUCUGUGGAAUGGGCCAGAUGAACUGGAGCUGAUCUCACAGGAUGGGGAAAGCAAAGUUCGUGCCAAGAGGAGUCUUCCUGAGGGAAUUUCCUGGGGUCCAUUCAGUGGAAACAUCCAGAGUGAAGGCUCCUCACCAGGGCAAACAGAGACGAGCCCGCCCAUGACCCUGCUGGUGGGAGAGGAGCGUUGCUGGCUGACGAAGCUCCCCCUGGUCUCGAAUGAAACAGAUGCCAACUCGGUGAUCUUCAGGAAGGACGAGGCCAUUUGGUGCAAGACAACCAAGCCCGUGCCAGAGGCUGGACUGAUGAACACAUUCCUCAUGGCUGAGCCCCGGGGCAUCACCAGCAACCCAGUGAAGACAGAACCUGGGGAUCCUGAAUACCCGGCCACUGUGCAUUCAGACAUCCAGCUCCUGCCUCAGCAAGCAGGGAUGGCAGCCAUCCUGGCCACCGCCGUCGUCAACAAGGACAUCUUUCCCUGUAAAGACUGCGGCAUCUGGUAUCGGAGUGAACGGAACCUGCAGGCUCACCUCAUGUACUACUGCGCCAGCCGCCAGAGUUCGGGCUCCCCGCUGGUGGAGGAGAAGCCCAAGGAGACAUACCCCAACGAGCGAGUCUGCCCCUUCCCCCAGUGUAAGAAGAGCUGCCCCAGCGCCAGCUCCCUGGAGAUCCACAUGCGAAGCCACAGCGGAGAAAGACCCUUUGUCUGCCUGAUCUGCCUAUCGGCCUUCACCACCAAAGCCAACUGUGAGCGGCACCUGAAGGUUCACACAGACACCCUGAGCGGGAUCUGCCACAGUUGUGGCUUCGUCUCCACUACAAGGGACAUCCUCUACAGCCAUCUGGUGACCAACCACAUGAUCUGCCAGCCGGGCUCCAAAGGUGAAAUCUAUUCCCCGAGUGCAGCACACCUGGCCACCAAGCCAGGCCCCGCAGGUGUGUCAGCCGAGACCCAGCGGCAGCCUCUGGCCUUAGGUCUAGCUCAGGCAGGCUCCACCCCCGGCCUCAAGUGCAGCCUCUGCGGUCUCCUUGCCGACAGCCUCGCCAGCCUCCAGCAGCACAUGGCCCUGCAUGGUCCUCUGCCCACUCCAGAUUCUGGCCAGGCGCCCCCCGGCCCCGAGUCACCCCCACCUCCAGACACUUUGACCAAGAAGGCCCCAGCUGAGGCAGAAAAUGGGGAAGCCCAGGCUGCCCCCCAAGAAAGCUGCUCCUCCUCUUCCUCGUCCUCUGGCGAGGGGACAGCGCCGCUCUUGAGGAUCAAGGAGGAGGCCGGGGAGGGCCAGGGGAUGGAGCCCGAGGCGGCCAAGAGCCACAGCCAGGCCGAGCAGGGCGCCAGCCCCAGGUCAGAGCCCGAGUCGUCCUCGAGAACGUCCUCCCCCCAGAGCCUGGCCUCUGUAAAGGUUAAAUCGGAGCUGGCCAGCCCCACACCGGGCUCCAGCCCCGUGCCCAGCGAGGCGGGCGUGGGCCCCUCCGGAGGCACUAUCUUCCUGCCCCAGUACAUGUUCAGCCCUGAAACCUCCGUCGUCCCUCAGGCCUCUGAAAUCCUGGCCAAGAUGUCCGAGCUGGUUCACAGCCGGCUCAAGCAAGGCCAUGGAGGGGUAGCGCCGGCCCUGUACCCAGGGACCCCCGCACCCAAGGGAGCGACCUGUUUCGAGUGCGAAAUCACCUUCAAUAACAUAAAUAACUACUAUGUACACAAGCGUCUCUACUGUUCUAGCCGCCACAUGGCAGAGGACAGCCCCCCCGGGGCCCGCAAGCCAAAAGUGGCCGGCCCCCCCAAGGGCACCCCGGGCACUGUGGUGGCCCCCGCCAGAGCCAUCCUCUCCCCACAGCCCCCUGAGAGCCAGGGCCCACCCGCCCCUGCUGAAGGCGAAGCAGAGGGGGAGCACCCAUCCCCAGCAGCGGAGGCCAAGGCUGAGGAGGCGGCAGGGGGAAAGGAAGCCUCCCCGGAAGCAGACGGGGCAGGACGGGGCAGUGAGGACAGCCAGAGCCCACGGAGCUCUGUGGACGAUGCCGACGAGGACCCCAUGAAGACCGUGUGCGAGGCCUGCAACAUCCGCUUCAGCCGCCACGAGACCUACACGGUACACAAACGCUACUACUGCGCCUCUCGCCACGACCCCCCUCUGCGGCGGCCUGGGGGCCCCAAGGUGGCCUUCCUGCCCCAGCCAGUGCGCACCCGGAAACGGCGCAAACUCUAUGAGAUCCACGCCGCCACUAGCAACGCCGGCCUAUUGCCGGCCACUCACCCGCCACCGCCACCACCACUGCCGCCGCCCACCUUGACGGAGCUGCCCACCUCCCCACAGCUGGGCAUUAGCCCGGCCGAUGCACUGGGGCUGGCUACCCGGCCUGACGUGCCUCCUGCCCUCCUGCUGCCCGUGGGCAAGGGUCCAGGCUCGGCCCCCUCCCCCAGCUCCAGCCCGGACACCGAUGGCCCCAUUGACCUAAGCAAGAAGCCAAGGCUGCAGAGAACUGAGGGGGGGCCCACAGCUCCCCCUCCGCCACCGCCUCCACCUCUACUCCCCCUCACUGACUACCAUGAGUGCACAGCCUGUUGUGUCAGCUUCCACAGCCUGGAGGCCUACCUGGCCCACAAGAAAUACUACUGCCCAGCCGCUCCCCUGCAGCAGAGUGCCUUGGAGCAGCUGCAGAAGAUCCAGGGCCUGGCCAAGCCCCGCCUGGCCGGAGAAGGACCCCGGGGAGUGCCCGGGGAGGAGCCGGAGGGGGGCAUACGGGUGAAGGUGGAGAAGGGGGUGGCAUCGGCCAGCCCAGGACCGGGCAAAACCUCAGGCCUGCCAGUUGCCUAUGCUGGCGGGGACCCUCUGCACCGCUACCCAGGCCCCAAACCCCUUCACCUUCCCGGUGGGAAGCCUCCACCCCCAGUGGUGUGUCCCUACUGCCCUCUCAAUGGGGCCAUCAAAGGCGACCUGAUUGAGCACUUCCGCCAUGCCCAUGGCCUCCUGGUGGCCAAGCCGGUGGCAGGACACAUGCUGGCUGAGGCCACGGCGCCCCACACCCGGACGCCGGCAGUGGCCAGCCGCGGGGCCGAGAACAGCCUCUCACUGCCCCCUGCGACAUCCUCCUCUUCCUCCUCCUCCUCUUCCUCUUCUUCCUCAGCUUCCUCUUCAUCUUCUUCCCCACAGCCAGGCCCCAGGCUCCCUCGGGACAGCCUCAAUGGCCAUGAGCUCAAGGAGUCCCCAGCCCCAGCCAACGGCAGUCCCCUGCCCACCGGCUCUCCCCUGCCCGGCCUGCCCCUGUCUCCAGCCACCGCCCCGGCCCUUACCCUCUCGCCAGUGCCUGAAGCUCUGCUCCAGCCUCCCACCCCACCCACAUACACAGACAAGGGGGUCCAGACCCCCAGCAAAGUCAGCCCCGCCACCGUCCCCAACGGCAACCACAGAUAUUGUCGUCUGUGCAACAUCAAAUUCAGCAGUCUGUCCACCUUUAUAGCACACAAGAAGUAUUAUUGUUCUUCCCACGCCGCAGAGCAUGUAAAAUAAUCCUGAGCUCCCUCCCCUCUCUCCCCUUCCUCCCCUUCCUCCCCUUUCCCCCUCUCCUCCAUGCCUGUCCCACCACACUACAGACUUUGACCAAUUGACACACCCUCAGCCCUGGCCACGGCCGACUGCCCAGGACAUCUCAGCACGUGGCCAGCGGGGAGAGGAUGGCAGCCAUGGCGGCAGUGGGGGCGUGGCCCCCAGAGCACUACGGCAGGGCGAGAGAUCCCCUUCUGCCCCAGAAAUCUUUCCAACAAAGCACAAGGCACUGAUCAGUCAUUCGGGCACCUCCCGGAGCUCAGAGCCGCCUGGAUGGACUCCCUUGGCCCCUGAGCCUGAGGGCCCAGUGACCGAGGAGGUGGGGUGGGAUGGCCAGGGAAGUGGCUAGCUACAAAGAAAGGCAGGGUUGGGCGGGGGCAGAAUGGGACCCCAAACCCUCGGCACUUAAUAAAGAAUUACAGUUUGAUGAUGAA